GUCCCCCGAGAGGACGAGUGUUUGUGGCGGUUGUCCUGAGGAGGACGGUCCAGGAAGACUUGGGGACUUGUGCGGAAAAUGUUGGAUUAAGUCCCCUACAGGGGUUUGUAGUCCCCUGGGGUGCUGAUCAGUGUCCAGAGUCGAUGCUGGUCGGCGGGAAGGGAAUGUGAGGAACGGUGACCAGCGUACCUCAUGUGGGCUCGUUUACUGAGCUCAGUGGUUCGCCUUCCCGGCUAGGCUUUAUUUUUUGGUUGGAUGGUUUGCUUGUUUUUAAAUCCCAGGUGAUUCUGAUUCUACCAUUGACAUAAGCUAGAAAAGUAUGACACUGUGAUUUUCCAGACCCAACUUCAUAAUCCACUCUGUGCACCGCAAAUUUUCUCUGAUUCUCGUUUCCUCUUUGAGUAUUAGUGGACACGAGAUGAUGGGCCGCCCGUUUCCACUCACCUUUUCGAAGUGCACCUGCUGAUACUGACUUAAGUGUCUUAGGGACAUUUGUAUUCUCAUGCCUUUUAAAAGCUAGCUAGAGGCUGGCCGGUUAGAUCCUUUGGUUAGAGCACAGUGUUAUCAAACCACGGUUAAGGGUUCGGGUCCCCACUCCCGCCAGCCACCAAAAACAAAAACAAAAAAAUAAAAGCCAACCAGAGCGGGUGUUUUCAACUGCGGUUCCCGUUUCAGAACUGAGGGAGCAUGAGCCAUCUGCACAACUUACUGUUAGAUACCCUCCUGGGAACGAAGCACGUGGACGGCGCGGCGCUGAUCAAGCUUCAGGAGCGGAGCCUGUGUGUAACAUCACCAGGAUUCAGCGUAAUGCCCAGUGAUGUCCGAACACUUGUGAAUGGAUUUGCCAAGAACCCUUUGCAAGCCCGAAGAGAAGGAUUGUAUUUCAAGGAAAAGGUUUAUAAAUGUGUCCGGGCAGAUGAACAUUCUCUUUAUGCUAAGAAUGAAAACACUGGUGUGGUUGUUGUGAAGACCCGUCUGUAUCUUCUGGUGGCAACUUACACUGAGGGCAUGUAUCCUAGUAUCUGUGUGGAAGCCGCAGAGAAGCUGGGCAAUGAACUCCAUGAGGGCAGGGACUGUUAUAACUAUACAGCCAUCCUUGUAUCUCCGGUACCUAGCACAUGGAGAAUAUCUAAGAAAAAAAGGAAAUUAAGUCAUCAGAGGACUAUGAACCACAACUUUCUUAUUUUAAAAGAAAACUAUAGAUCCUAAAGAAAAAAUAAUACCUUAUUUUGCAGUUGGAAAACAUUAGGCAGAAGAUACUAAAAAAGAAGAAUUAGUUAAGGAAGCAAUUUUUCUUUCUUUCUUUAUUUUUUUUCAAAUA